UAAGCAAACAAUCUUAUAGAGUUGAAAAGAUAAAAAAAGAUGGCCUACUCAAAAAUCGUUAUUUUUGCCAUCCUAGCUCUGUCUCUUCUUCUACUUUCCGGUGCUGAAACAAUAAACGCUGUGAUGCGUCGCAGCAAAUUCAGGUGUUGCAAAAAUCAGGCAGAUUUUGGAACUUGUGAUACAAAAGAAGAUGAUCGGAGAUGCGAAAAGAUGUGUCUUCAUGGUUGUUCCGCUAACAAAGGUGGUGGCUGUCAACCUAUAGACGCUGCCCCUGGUUCUGUUUGUUCAUGUUACUGUUAAUUAUAUUCUUCUUCUCCUUGGCUUUAUUGAUUGAUAAAGAAACACUAUACUAUUUCUUUAUAUAUAGAUUCCAAACGUAAUAUGAAACUUUUAAACCAUCUCUCAAGUAAUAAGAACACACAAAAAAGAAAAAA